AAAUGGAAAGUGCAGAGUCUCAGAGCAGCAAAAGAUAUGUCUUAUUCAAGGAACAGUCUGAAAGCCAGUGCAAAUGGAGCAGAGUAAGCAAGGCAGAAAAAGUAGAGCAAAUGAUGGUGGCAAGACAGGAGAAGUGAGGCCAUGCAGUGCCUGAGAGAUCAUGUGCGGAAAAUACAGAGGUAUAUUCCAGAGUUGACUGUUCAUGGCACAUACAGUUGGAGGAUGCUCAUUGGCACUUAUUUUUAUCAUUGUGUUAUUGUUGGUUAAAGCAAAUAUAGAUGCAUGCAAGAGAGGAGAUGUGACUGUGGAGCCUUCUCAUGUAAUUUCACUUGGAUCAGCUGUCAAUAUUUCAUGCUCUUUGAAGCCCGAACAAGGCUGCUCACAAUAUCCCAGUUUUAACAUGUUAAUCCUCUACAAAUUUAACAGAAGAAUCAAUUUUCUGCAUGGUCACUUCCUCAGUUCUCAAGUCACAGGUCUUCCUCUGGGUACAACAGUGUUUCUCUGCAAAUUGGCCUGUAGCAAAAACAAGGAAUUACGAAUAUGUGGGGCAGAGAUCUCAGUUGGUGUUGUUCCAGAACAACCUCAAAACUUAUCUUGUAUACAGAAGGGAGCACAUGGGACUGUGACCUGCAUCUGGGACAGAGGACGAGACACCCAUCUAUAUACUGCAUAUACUUUACAGUUAAAUGGACCAAAAAAUUUAACUUGGUGGAAGCAAUGUGAUCAUUAUUGUGACCAUUUGGACCUUGGAGUCAACCUAACACCUGAAUUGCCUGAAUCCAGCUACACAGCCCAGGUUACUGCUAUCAAUAGCCUUGGAAGUGCUUCUUCACUCCCAUCCACAUUUACCUUCUUGGAUAUAGUGAGGCCUCUCCCUCCAUGGGACAUCAGAUUCAAAUGUGUAAAUGCUUCUGUGAACAAAUGUAUCCUUCAGUGGAGAGAUGAGGGGCUGGUGCUGCUUAAUCGACUCAGAUAUCGCCCCAACAGCAGCAAGUCCUGGAAAAUGGUCCAUGCUACAAAUGCAAAAGGAAGAUAUGAUGUACUGGAUCUGAAACCAUUUACAGAGUAUGAAUUUCAGAUAUCCUCUAAGCUACACCUACAUAAAGGUAUUUGGAGUGAUUGGAGUGAAUCGUUGAGAACACAAACACCAGAAGAAGAACCUACAGGUACAUUAGAUGUCUGGUACAUGAAAAAGCACAUUGAUUACAGUAGACAACAGAUUUCUCUUUUCUGGAAGAAUAUGAGUAUGUCCAAGGCAAGAGGAAAAAUCCUCCACUAUCGAGUGACCUUGCAGGAGGUGGCAGGGGUGAAAGUCACACUACAGAACAUCACAGAACACACCUCCUGGACCUGGGUCAUUCCCAGAACUGGGAAUUGGGUUGUGACUGUGUCUGCAGCUAACUCAAAAGGCAGUACCCUGCCUACUUAUAUUAACAUAACGGACCUGUGUGGGGCAGGGUUGCUGGCUCCUCGCCAGGUCUCUGCAAACUCGAAGGGUGUGGACGACAUUAUGGUGACAUGGGAGCAUCCCGGGAAAGCUGCUCCUGCUGUCCAGGAGUAUGUGGUGGAAUGGAGGGAGCUCCAUCCCAGGGGUGACACGCCCCCUCUAAACUGGCUGCGGAGUACCCCCUACAACGUGUCUGCUCUGAUUUCAGAGAACAUAAAACCCUACAGUUGUUAUGAAAUCAAUGUGUAUGCACUGUCAGGGGACCAGAGAGGAUGUAGCUCCACCUGGGGUAACUCUAAGCACAAAGCACCACGGAGGGGCCCCUAUAUUAAUGCCAUCUCAGAGGAAAAGGGGAGCGUGUUAAUUUCAUGGAACGAAAUUCCAGCCCAAGAACAAAUGGGCUGCAUCCUCCAUUACAGGAUAUAUUGGAAGGAACAGGACUCCAAUUCCCAGCCUCAACUUUGUGAAAUUCCCUAUAGAGUAUCACCAAAUUCACAUUCAAUAGACAGCCUGCAGCCCAGAGUGACAUAUGUCCUGUGGAUGACAGCUCUGACAGCUGCUGGUGAAAGCCCCCCAGGAAACAAGAGGGAAUUUUGUCUGCCAGGUAAAGCCAGUUGGAGUGUGUUUGUGGCACCAAGCAUUUGCGUUGCUGUCGUCAUAGUGGGCAUUUUCUCAAUGCGUUACUUCCGGCAAAAGGUAUUUGUUCUUCUUUCGGCCCUCAGACCUCAGUGGUGUAGUAAAGAAAUUCCAGACCCAGCGAACAGCACUUGGGCCAAGAAAUACCCCAUCAUGGAGAAGACACAGCUACCCUCGGACAGGCUCCUGACAGACUGGUCCAAUCCUGAAGAACCUGAACUCCUGGUCAUCAAUGAAGUCCUUCAAGUGACCCCAGUCUUCAGACAUCCCCAUCACCCCAACUGGCCAGACAAGGGACGAGGAGUCCAAGGUCACUAUACCUCUGAGGAAGACGCAGCAUAUAGUGCCCCAAGCCUACCACCUCCAAAAGCUCUCAUAGCAGAGACAGGACAACUAGUGGAUCUGUACAAGAUGCUGGGGAGCAGGGGCCCUGACUCAAAGCCAGAACACCUAACCAGCCCCUUGACAGUCCUCUCAGUGGACUACCUUCCCACACAUGAGGGAUACUUACCCUCUAACAUAGAGUAUCUCCCUUCACAUGAGGAUCCUGUAACUGACUCUCUGGAAGAAUUGGAGCCUCAGCACAUCUGUCUUUCUGUUUUCCCUUCAAGUUCCCUUCACCCACUCACCUUCUCCUGUGACAAGAAGCUGACUCUGGAUCGGUUAAAGAUGGGGUGCAGCUCCCUCAUGCUCUGAGUGGUGAAGCCUGCAGUGUCCCCCACCUCCCCAGUCAUCACCUCUGGGUGCUGCCAUCAGGCAUGUUUGCAACUAGAGGGCAGACAGGCAGCUCGGGGUGAAAUCUUGGGGACUGAGAAUUGGCUGUAGCCCAGAUACCUCAACUUGCCUUCUCCAGAGCCUUAGGAUCAUAGUUAACCAUUGAACAAUGUGAGGGUUAGGGGCACAGGCUUAAAUCAGCAUAUCUUUUUGACUUCUCAAAAAGUUAACUACUGUUGGCCUUUUGACCACUCUUACUGAUGACAUAUUUUGUAUAUGUAUUAUAUACUGUAUUCAUACAAUAAAGCUAGAG